GGUGUACAACGCUGACUCUUACAGCAUGACAGGUAAGGUUGUGUUUGUUCUGUUGCUGGCUUCUCUGGUUGCCAUGGUGAUCGCUGAAGCAGAACACCACAUCCAGAAACGACAGGGAGAUAACAGUCAUUGGUGCUGCAACAUCCUGAACAACAAAGGCCAGGUCCCUGCCCGCCAUAGGCAAAUAAAAGUAUUGAUGACCGUGUAUGAGUUCAAAGGUAACCCACCUGUGAUGACUUCAAGGCAAAUCUACCGAACGGAGACCGUACUGGAAGCGAGGCCUUGUCCUAACGGCAACCUGGUGUGCUGUAGAGAUUACAUCCUCAUCCAAGACAAUUGCAUGCAUAUGGAUGAAGCUCUAAAGAACCUUGACUUGUUGGAAAGAUUGAAGAAGAGCGGUCUCCUCGGAAGAUUCUAGAUUCUUCCUUACAUUCAUUCAUUUAUGGAAUAAAUAUUUUCAGUUAUCGACUUGAUUUUUGAUUUUGUAAAUAAACCUUGAUGUCUCAAUAUGACUCUGCUUUAUACGGUCC